GAACACUUUCUCCUCUUACUUCUCACCCUGGGGAAUUCCAAGACAUUGUCCUUGAAGGAGGCUUCAAGCUCAGGACCUCACGAUGGGAGAUGAGGAGAAGCGGAACAGGGCCAUCACGGCCCGCAGGCAGCACCUGAAGAGCGUGAUGCUGCAGAUAGCGGCCACAGAGCUGGAGAAGGAUAAGAGCCGCCGCGAGGCCGAGAAGCAGAACUACCUGGCAGAGCAUUGCCCGCCACUGCACAUCCCAGGCUCCAUGUCAGAAGUGCAGGAGCUCUGCAAGCAGCUGCACGCCAAGAUCGACGCGGCUGAAGAGGAGAAGUACGACAUGGAGGUGAAGGUGCAGAAGAGUAGCAAGGAGCUGGAGGACAUGAACCAGAAGCUGUUUGAUCUGCGGGGCAAGUUCAAGCGGCCCCCGCUGCGGAGGGUGCGCAUGUCGGCUGACGCCAUGCUCAAGGCCCUGCUGGGCUCCAAGCACAAGGUGUGCAUGGACCUGAGGGCCAACCUGAAACAGGUCAAGAAGGAGGACACAGAGAAGGAGCGGGACCUGCGAGACGUGGGUGACUGGAGGAAGAACAUCGAGGAGAAGUCCGGCAUGGAAGGCCGGAAGAAGAUGUUUGAGACCGAGUCCUAGGCUCCUCGCUGCCCCCACGCCUGCCCCGGUGCCCAGCUCCCAGCAGAACAUACUAGGCGGAUGCACCCAGAGCCUGCCAGGGAGGGCUGGCCUCACCUCCACUGUCAAUAAAGGAUUUGAAUCCCCA